CAGACGUUUCACCGCAGCCUUUUUCCAGUGUUGAUGAUAUCGCUGGCAGAUAAGGACACCUCGCCAUCGGUCGAACACUCGGGAAACUAAGCAGUAUGAAUUCACAGAGGUUGUCUGUGAAAACAUGGACAGAGGAGGAAAGUGAGCGCGCUGACAGCACACUCAGCAGAGGACAGUCCAUGUGCGAUGACACUUCCUCUGAACUACAGAGGAUGGCGGCGGGUGAUCGGAGAGAUGUCAACUCCCAGAAUUCCUUCCGUGGCCGAGGCGCUCUGUCCAGGAUCGUCAACAUGGUGAUGACUCUGAGAGAAUGGGCUCAGAAGAGCAUGGCAGAAGAGACAGAGCGGCCGGAUUCUUUUCUGGAGCGUUUCCGAGGCCCCGCCCACAUGGACAUUCAAGCCCCGCCUAGUCGCUUUAGUCACAGCCACAACAGCUCUGAAACUGAGAGCCAGAUGAGACGCGCUCGUAGAAAGACGACGUGCAACAAUAUUAUCUUGUCACCUUCGGAUGAUGCGUACUACCACUGGCUGAUGGUGAUCGGGCCUGCCGUUUUUUAUAACAGCACCCUUUUAGUUGUCAGGGCCUGUUUUGACGAGCUGCAGAUGAGGAACGUGAUGUUGUGGCUGGUCAUGGACUACAUCUGUGAUGGAGUCUACAUUCUGGACAUAGCUGUUCGGCUCCACACUGGUUUCUUGGACCAGGGGUUGAUGGUGAAAGAUGGCCAACGUCUGAGGGAAACUUAUAUACGAACUUUACAGUGCAAGCUGGACAUCUGCUCCAUCCUUCCGACUGACCUGCUGUAUUUGACCUUUGGCGUCGGUUACACUCCCCUUCUUCGGUUCAAUCGUCUGUUGCGCCUUCCCAGGCUCUUUGAGUUCUUUGAACGCACCGAGACAAGAACGGGCUACCCGAACACUUUCCGCAUCUGUAAACUUGUGGUGUACAUCCUGGUGAUCAUCCACUGGAAUGCCUGUGUGUACUACAGCUUCUCCAAAAUCCUUGGGUUGGGAUCGGAUUCUUGGGUGUAUCCCAAUGCUUCGGAUCCAGAGUUUGCCUCCCUGACCAGAAGUUACAUAUACUGCCUGUACUGGUCUACAUUGACCCUGACUACCAUUGGAGAGACUCCACCUCCUGUUCGAGAUGAGGAAUAUCUCUUCCUGAUAUUUGACUUUCUGGUAGGCGUGCUGAUUUUUGCAUCUAUUGUGGGGAACGUUGGAUCCAUGAUAUCGAACAUGAAUGCUACCAGAGCAUCAUUUCAGGCUCGUGUGGAUGCUCUGAAACAUUACAUGCACUUCAGACAUGUCAACAAGGUGCUCGAACAGCGUGUGAUUCGCUGGUUUGACUACCUCUGGACCAAUAAGAAGACGAUAGAUGAACAGGAAGUGCUGAGGAGCUUGCCCAGCAAACUAAGAGCAGAGAUUGCGAUCAAUGUCCAUCUGGACACGCUGAAAAAGGUGCGGAUUUUCCAGGACUGUGAGGCAGGCCUCUUGGUAGAGUUGGUGCUAAAACUUCGACCGCAGGUUUAUAGUCCAGGGGACUACAUCUGUAGAAAGGGAGAUGUGGGUAAAGAGAUGUACAUAAUCAAAGAUGGCCACCUUGCAGUGGUGGGGGACGACGGAGCCACCCAGUUUGCUGUUCUCACGGCAGGCAGCUGCUUUGGAGAAAUCAGCAUCCUGAACAUCAGCGGCAGCAAGAUGGGCAACCGCCGCACGGCGAAUAUUCGCAGUCUGGGAUACUCAGACCUUUUCUGCCUUUCCAAACAAGACUUGAUGGACGCGCUGCAGGAGUUCCCUCACGCCAGGGCCCAGCUGGAGCAGAGGGGCCGCGAUAUCCUGCAGAAGGAGGGGCUCCUGGAGGAAAUCAACGUGUCUGCAGGGGAGGAGCUCGGGGAGAAGGUGGAGAGGUUGGAGACCAGUCUGGACCGGUUACAGACCAGCUUGGCGCGUCUGCAGAGUGAGUUCAACUCUUCUCAGCUUCGAAUAAAACAGCGAAUCACGGCCCUUGAGCACAUCACCACGGCAACCACCGGCAGUGGCUUUCUGUCAGAUACGGACUGCAACGACAGCGCCUCUGGUGGUGAUGGAAUGCGCAGCGAAAUCAAUAUUCGCCUUUAACAAUGCCAUCUAUGAAAAUAACAAACUCUAUAGUCACAGUCUUAUUUUUAUGUUUCUGUGUUUUUUGUAUUCAGUCCUGUCAGUUUUUUUGUAUGUAAAGGCACUAAAAAUAACAAAACUAUUUAAUGGAAUUCAGUUAUAAUCACAUUCACAUUCAAAACAUAAAUAUUUCUUUUUUAGUUCUUGUUGUGUAAGAAAGAGUGUAUCGUGGGACCGUUACAACAUCAAAUAAAUAUUAAAUAUAUAUGCCCUAUCAGAUAUUUAUUGUGUCUAAUUGGCCAUUGGCUCUUUGCUACAGUAAAAUGUAUUCAUUAUUAGUAAGAUACAUUAACAUAUACUACACAAGUAACUACAAUGUUUUUUAUUAGUAAUCUACGACACCUGUGUACUUUGCUUUGAGGUCUUUCUUGAAUUUUUUGAAUGUUUUCUAACUUUCUUUAUCAAAGUGCUGGCACUCGCUACUUUCUUGGGUCCCAUGGUGGAUUCUUUUGUAGUAAUACUCAAUAAAAACAAAAGUACAGAGA